AUGGUUGAAGAAAAGAAGCAUAAUGAACUCAUCGCAGAAUAUAAAAUAAGGCAAAAACUCCCCAUGAUAGGAUUGAGGCAAACACCUAUGUUUGUGCAUGCAUCAGAGACGUAUUCAUCUACCGUAUUUGUUGCAUUUCAAAAUGAAUAUGGGAUGUUUCUGGAGUUUGCGGUCAUGAGAUAUGUUGGAAGACCUGAAAGAACAGUGGUAUUCAAUCGAAAUAAUCUAAGUGUACUCUAUAAUUACAAAAAAUACGAGAAUGAAGAAAUUUUGUGUGGGCAUGCGUUGAAGGUGUUUGAUACCAUGGGCAUAAAAACAAUUCCUCCUGAAUAUGUUAAGAGUCGAUGGAUAAAAAGAGUUCGGACAGGAGAUUAUUUUGAUCGGCGAGGAAGAGAAAUUGUGGUUGACCCAAAUGUAAUCGUUUCAACUCGUUAUCCGGAUCUUGUUCCAGCCAUGAUUAAGGUCGUAACUCGAGUAGUAAUGUCCGAGGACAUCGGCAAAGUAGUAAUCACCGUCAUAUCCAAUUUGGCAAAGAGAGUUGAGCUCCUCCUCUCAGAAAACGAAGAGCAAACUUUGCAAAAUCAUAAAAAUCUGAAUGUGGAGGAACGUGAUAUAUUUGAAUUUGAAAAUGAAACGGGAGAGGCAGUACUCGCAAGAGGCAUUAAAAAAUGUGCUGGAAAGAAAAAUAAGGUGAUGUGA